AUGCUGUCUGGUCCUCUGGUUCUGUUCCAUCAGAAUGGAAAAAAAGCGUGUACGAUAUUGAUCCACAAAAAAGAAGAAACUGACAAUCCCGCUAAUUUCAGACCAAUAACUCUAGAAUCUGUCCCACUCAAAGUAUUUACAUCAUGUCUUCGUAAUAAAAUAUUCACUUUCCUAGCUGAAAACAAUUACAUAGAACAUAACAUCCAGAAAGGUUUUACUCCUAACGUUGCAGGAACUCUUGAACACACAGCUCAUAUGGCACAUAUAAUCAACACAGCCCGUAUAAAACAAAGAUCUGUUGUAAUUACUUUGCUUGAUCUUAAGAAUGCUUUCAGUGAACUCCAUCAUAAUCUCAUUCACGAAGUCCUUCAGUAUCGUCACAUCCCAGGUCAAAUAAACAACCUAAUACGAAGUCUUUACACAAACUUCCAAACAUCCAUUAUAACAGAACAGUUCAGUACUCCUUCUAUCAUAAUCGGACGUGGCGUUUUACAAGGUGACUGUCUCAGUCCUCUCUUAUUCAAUAUGUCCUUUAACACAUUCGUUCAGCACAUAAAAUCUGAGAAAUACGCCCAGCUUGGCUUUUGGAAAUUGAAUAAAACUGGUAUUCCGUGA